AUGAUACGUGUUGAUGAUAAAAGGGAACAGCUUAAAUGUCAAGAGAAUAUAGCCUUGGAACUUGCGAGACAUGGAAUUUUAGAGAAGGCGUUAAUAUCGGAGGAGUGUUAUUUGGAGUGGAAUAUAGUUUACACUGUUUGGGUCUAUCAAUUGAAACAUGCUCUCAUAGCGACGGCAUCUUUGGCGUACUGCGCGACAAUAAACAAUACAAACAACCCUGCCCUGCGUUUGACACCAGCCCGUUCGAAGUGGAUUAGAGCGCUCUACAGGGAGUUCGGCAGCAUUUAG